UGCUAUUAAAGAUAAUAACACGUUUGCUGAUACUGCUAGCUCUUUUAGUUCUAAUAAGCCUGUUAAUCCUAGUAAAGCUACUAACAAACCCCCUGUCCUAAGGUGGAAGGAUGAACCGAUAGAUGAUGACACCAUUUUGACAAUACAGUGUGUUCUACUCAUAAUAUCAAAAAUGGAACAGCAGCAG